AGCCGUGUCUCCGCCAGUAUUCUAACGGCAACGAAAACUUGACUAUCGAAACAUGUAAUUCGUAAAGCUUCUGAAACUUUUACGACUAUUGAUAUUUCAUUGUGAACGUUAGAUUAAUUAAUUAUAAUGUAAUUAGUAUUUUGAAGUGAAGUGAAAAAUUUAAUGACGAUAAAUUUGCGACGCGAAAGUUGGUAUAAAAAGUAACCGUCCCGUUUAUAGAAAAGUUAUUAACAAACUUUAUAUCUGCAUAUUUCUUACAAAUUAAUGUGACUAAUCCGUGUAUUAGUUUCCGUAUAACUAAUAACUGUAAAUCGUUAAUAUUCAAUUAAGAAAUAAUUCAAGCGACAUAAUAAAUUUAAAACAAGUCAUAGUCUGGCGUUCUAUUAAAAAAAAAAACCACUGCAGGCUGCAUUCAGCCAGUAAAGUUAGAAACAUUAAUAUCGGAUGGUUUGCGAUGGUCACGCGAUGCUGUGCUUGGAGUCGCUGGUGACGAGGUGGCGGGAGCGGGGCGAGCGGCGGGGCAGCGGGGGCGGCGGUGGGGGGCGGCGCACCCGCUCCCGCAGCCUCUGCUCCUCCGCCGGCGAUGGCAGCUUGCUGCAGCUGCUUCAUAGAAGGGCCAGCAGUGCUAUCUCAUCGGCGAGUGAAUUGAUCUCACGUCGCGGCGUGUUCUCUCGGAGGCAGUAUGGAUCAGUUGAGCAGUUGUCAGCGUCAGUGGAAGGUGGCGGGGCGGUGGACGCUAUUGUACGCCGCUACCGCCUCGAGAACGGCAACUCCCUUGGAGAAAAAGAUGAAUUGUUUGGUCCGCCGAGCGCCCCUGUACUUGAGAACCCCGAGUUUCAGACGAGAUGGUACUUCAAAUAUUUUCUCGGUAAAAUGCACCAAAAUUACAUAGGCGUAGACGCAGCAAGGGAACCUUAUUUACUUAGCGUCGUCCAAGAAGGAGCAGGACUUCUACGAGCGAUAUUAUUUAACAAAAUGGGUGCUCACAAAAUAUAUUUACCAGCGAGUGCUUGGAGUGCUAGUGGAGGACAAACUCCUACAAGACCAACAGUCAAACAAAUCCUUACUCAAUUCACAGCCAUGGAAAGAGUAGAUAAAGUCCCUCGAGAGAUUACGUGCCCCGAACUACAAAAGGAUAUUUUACUGCUCGAAGAACAAGAAGGUUCCGUGAACUUCAAGAUAGGGAUUAUGCUAAUGAGACCUGGCCAAAGGACUGACGACGAAAUGCUCUCUAAUGAGAAAGGCAACGAAAAAUGGGAGCGAUUUAUCUCCCUACUGGGCGACAAGAUUCGAUUAAGAGGUUGGAACCGUUUCCGAGGCGGACUCGACGUCAAAGGUGACAUGACCGGCAGUCAUUCUAUCUACACGAUGCAUCAAGGCCACGAGAUUAUGUUCCACGUCUCCACCAUGCUGCCAUUCUCCAAGGAUAAUAAACAACAGCUGGAAAGGAAAAGACACAUCGGCAACGACAUAGUAAACAUAAUAUUUACAGAAGAUUCCACUCACAAUACAUUUAAUCCGCAGUACGUCAAGAGUCACUUCACUCACAUAUUCGCCGUGGUGUCGGAAGUGGAGGGCGAGGGGUACCGAUUAAGCGUGUACAGCGACGACAGCGUUCCACCUUUCGGGCCCUCUUUGCCCUGCCCGCCCGUCUUCAACGACCCUCAACUCUUUAGGGAGUUUCUAUUGGUUAAAUUGAUGAAUGGCGAGAAAGCGGCCUUCCAGACCCCGACGUUUGCAUUGAAACGUCAGAGGACCCUCGACACCCUCAUUAGAGAUAUCUACGCUGAGCAUUGCUCGGAUCACAAAGUACCGAUGUUAUCCCGGCGUGCACUGUCCGACGUGUGGUCGGGCGGUGCCGGCGCGGGUGGUGCUGGUGCAGCGCGCACCGAACGGCAGCCUAACACUUACUCUGUGGACGAUGACGACGCUGACAAAAGCGAUCCUUGUCAGAAUAACCGUACCUCGGAAGAUAACUCUGCAUCAAGUCGCAGUAGCUCGGUGUCCUCGGAGCAGGAGAAUAUUCGGCCACCGCUGCAGCGCAUGGCGCCCGUCUCGCCGCCCACUUCCCCACAAGUGUUGCCAGAGAAUAGCGGUCGAUGCGUCCGCAUAUACAAGAUCCCUCAAAGUAACCUGAGCGCUGGUGCCUACCAACGACAGUCUGUUUCAGCGGAUCAAGUUGUUACAUCAUACUUUACAGACAGGCCCAACAGCAUAAAACAAAGACUAGCAGAGCUAAGACUGGACAGUAAAUCACGAGGUGGGGGCGAAGAAGAUACGCUGUAAGCAUUUUCUUCCUAAAUGCAGCAUAUAUGUGGGUUUCUGUUGAAACACUUGUAUAAAAACAUAAUGUCGUCCCUCUCAGUCUCUUUGAAAUAGCAGGGACAGCAAUAUGAUUUAAUACAAGUCAUGGCGUAGUUAAGGGGGUUACACAUUUAUAGUAGCCGUUCCCCCAUCCUAGGUCUUCGAGUUCUAGGAAUUGUUAUGUUGUACAUGUUACAGCAAACGUAAUAUUUGUUGUUGAUAAUUAAUUAAUAUAAAACGUAAAAUAAAAAAGAAAUUCGGUAAUUUAUAUGCUUUUAUGUAUUUUUACUAAGAGUUGACGGAUAAACGCACAUGGGCCACAAAAGAAAACUGAAUAUUAUCAUUUUUAAAGCCUCUUUCCGCAAGAUAAUUUUUGUAAUGAAACCAUAAAAAAAUUGGUUGCACUAGUAGGUUUAUAAAACAGUAGGCGUAGUUAAAAUGAGUAAACAUAAGUUUGAAUUUUAAUCAUUCUCAUGUACAUAACUCAAUUACUGAUAUUGUUAUAGCGUAACUAAAAUUACUAAUUAAUUUGUAAGUUGUUAAGAUAUAAAUGUCGCACAUAAUAUAAGUAAUUCUUGCACAAUCUUAAGCUCA